ACAGUUUGGAGGUGGUUUCUGCGCCGUGACCUCCUCCUCAAUCCCUUUGCUGCACAUGGCCGUGUCGGAUUGUGGCCUUUAAACCGAGGGAGGCGAGAGAGCAGAGCAGCUGGCUCUCCCCCAGCCCGAGGGAGUGAAGCGAUGUCGGUUCCUGCGCUGAAUGCAAUGAGAGGCUGUGUGAGGAACAGGCAACUGGCCUGGCUCUUCAACCUCAGGCGCCUGUACCGCAGCGAGAGGGGAGUCUAUGGUUACAAACCAGCCAGGAACAAUGACAGUGGGCUCAAGGUAUCCAGACAGGAAGCCCCAGUCCAAGUUGACCAUGGUUUAGAACGACUGGUGACAGCAUAUCGAGAACAUGGCCACAAAGCAGCUAAAAUCGACCCCUUGAGUCAAGGUGUGAUUGAGAUGAUUCCUGAGAUCCAGGUUUUAACUGAAGCACUUCAGGGUCAUGACCUGUUCUGCACAAAAGGAAUGUUAAACUUUGGGAAAGAGGAAGCCACUUUGGAGGAGGUAUUGGCCUAUUUGGAACAGACGUACUGCAGGCACAUAUCUGUGGAGAUCGGCCACCUGGAGACCAUGGCUGAGAGAGAAUGGUUUGCUCAACGAUUUGAGCAAGCAAAAUGCGAAACUUUAACCCCGGAAGAGAAGAGACAUUUAGUGAAGCUAAUGCUGGAGUCUCAGGAAUUCGAUCGCUUCUUGGCCACUAAAUUUUCCACUGUAAAACGUUAUGGUGGUGAGGGCGCAGAGAGCAUGAUGGGAUUCUUCCACGAAUUGUUCCGAAAUGCAGCGUUCAAUGGUGUGGCUGACGUGGUACUGGGAAUGCCUCACCGAGGGCGACUCAAUCUUUUGACUGGGCUCCUGCAAUUUCCUCCUGAGUUGAUGUUCCGCAAAAUGCGUGGAUUGAGCGAAUUCCCUGAAAACUCCCUGGCCACUGGAGAUGUCUUGUCUCAUCUUACCUCCUCAGUGGACCUGGACUUUGGCUGCGACCACCCACUACAUGUCACCAUGCUCCCUAACCCUUCCCACCUGGAGGCUGUGAACCCAGUCGCUAUUGGGAAGACCCGUGGGAGACAGCAGUCUCGCCAGGAUGGGGAUUACUCAGCAAGUGGCUCUGCACAGCCAGGAGACAAAGCCAUUUGUGUGCAGGUGCACGGAGAUGCUUCUUUCCCAGGACAAGGUAUUGUUGCUGAAACCUUCACUCUCUCGAAUCUCCCUCACUACCGAGUUGGUGGCAGCAUUCACCUGAUUGUCAAUAAUCAGUUAGGCUACACCACACCCACCGAGAGAGCCAAAUCCUCACUCUACAACAGUGAUAUAGGUAAGAUGGUUCAUUGUGCUGUGAUUCACGUGAAUGGUGACGACGCAGAAGAAGUAAUACGAGCCACAAGACUGGCUGUUGACUAUCAGCGACGUUUCCGAAAGGACGUGAUCAUAGACUUGCUCUGCUACAGGCAGUGGGGCCACAAUGAACUUGAUGACCCCACCUUCACAAACCCCACCAUGUACAAAAUUAUCAGAUCCCGUAAAAGUAUUCCAGACUUGUAUGCAGAGCAGUUAGUAGCAGAUGGCCUCUUGACUGAGCAGGAGGUUUCCAGCAUUAAAACUUCUUAUUAUGCUAAACUAAAUGACCAUUUAACAAACACGGCUUCAUUUUCACCGCCGGCUCCAAAUCUGCAGGCUCACUGGAGUGGCUUGGUGGAACCUUCACUCAGGGUCAGUACGUGGGACACUGGAAUGCCCAUUGACCUGCUCAAGUAUGUGGGUGCCAAGUCUGUGGAGAUUCCAAAGGAAAUAACCAUGCAUGGUCAUCUGGUGAAAACACACAUACAGGCUCGACUGCAGAAACUGGAAGAGGGCGCAAAGCUGGACUGGUCCACGGCAGAGUCACUGGCUAUUGGAACUUUACUGUGUCAAGAUUUUAAUGUGCGUUUAAGUGGACAGGACGUUGGUCGUGGCACCUUCAGUCAACGACAUGCAAUGGUUGUUUGCCAGGAAACUGGUGACACUUACAUCCCACUCAACCAUAUCAGUCCAGAACAAAAAGGAUUUUUUGAGGUCUGUAACAGUCCAUUGUCUGAAGAGGCAGUGCUGGGUUUUGAGUAUGGGAUGAGUAUUGAAAGCCCAAAGCUACUUCCGAUAUGGGAAGCCCAGUUUGGAGACUUCUUCAAUGGUGCUCAAAUUAUAUUUGACACAUUUAUCUCUGGAGGUGAAGCGAAAUGGUUGCUACAAAGUGGGAUUGUUAUUCUUCUCCCACACGGCUAUGAUGGUGCAGGCCCAGAACACUCCUCCUGUCGUUUGGAGCGUUUUCUCCAGAUGAGCGACAGCAAGGAGGAAGGCGUUGACGGGGACAAUGUCAACAUGUCCAUUGUACAUCCCACUACGCCAGCACAAUACUUUCACUUACUGCGCCGGCAGAUGGUUCGAAAUUUCCGUAAACCUCUGAUUGUAGCCUCACCGAAAAUGUUGCUGCGUCUCCCAGCUGCUGUCUCCAGUUUGGAUGAGAUGGCACCAGGAACCACUUUUAAACCAGUUAUUGGGGAUUCAUCAGUGGAUCCAAAAACGGUAACUCGAGUUGUGCUAUGUUCUGGAAAACACUAUUAUACACUGGUUAAACACCGAGAAUCUUUAGCAGAGGCGGGACAGAACUCGGCACUCGUCAGAGUAGAAGAACUUUGUCCUUUCCCCUUGGAGGCACUUCAGCAACAAAUGGAAAAAUACAAAAAUGCAAAAGACUUUAUAUGGAGUCAAGAAGAGCCAGAGAACAUGGGCCCAUGGUUUUUUGUAUCUCCCAGGUUUGACAAACAGUUAGCAUGCAAGUUAAAGUUGGUGAGCAGACCCUCUCUUCCAGUACCUGCAGUUGGAAUUGGGACUUUACAUCAAGAACAAAAUCAAGACAUUCUCACCAGAACCUUCUCCUGAAAAGAAAACCUUGUAUUUCUGCUCUAUGGUGCUCGAUUAUGAAAAGUGCAGACAACUUCCUGUUUAAACGGAGUGAAUGUAAAUGCUCCAGUCACAGCGCAAGACUUCAGGAAGGUGAACAAAAGGGAUGACUCUUCUGCUGCAAGAAAAUACAAACUACUAAUAUUCAAAUUGAUUCGGUCUGAAGAAGUGCUAUUGUUGAUGUGAACUAUUGUCCCUUUGUCUGUUUGCAUCACUGCUUAACUUGAUCCGCAGCAAUAUACUGUUGCAUUUGUGCGGCAUUCCUGAUGUAACCGGUCAUCUAACAGCUUUGAAUAGAACAGGUUAAAUUACCAAACUCGGAGGUCAAAACUUAGAGAACAGGCUUUAAGCCAAAAUCAAAAAGCUCAUAUAUUUUGGAGGUAAAUGCAAUAGUACAGAAUUUGGAUCAUUGUGUCUGCAGUGAUUUAUUUUAAGAGCAAUUCCUGUCCGUCCUCCAACAACUUCCUUCCCUGUCCACCUACAAUUUUUAAUCCUUCAACUACUUAGUGCUGUCAAGAUUAUUUUCUGUGGUGGACAUGGGCAGACUCUGCAUUGUGUAGCAAAUCAAAUCACUUAGAGGUAAGUGUAAACUUUCACAACAAAAUGGUAGUUUUUAUUGGCAGGGAGAGGAGGAAACGUUUGCUGGGGUUCCACAUAGCAGGAAUAUAAUCAUUGAAACAUCAGAGAAAAUAUGCAUUAUAGGUUGCAGUAGGAGUUAAAAAGUCUUACUGAUCCUGGAAUCAUUAAAAUUGUUACAUCACAGAUGGAGGCCAUUCAGUCAAUCAGGUAUGCCAGAUCUAAGAACAACUUUGCUCCCCACUACUUUUCCUGUGGCUCUUCAGGUGUUUUGAAUAAAUGGAAUCUUUCUCUGCAUGAUGUACACUGAAGUUCUGGAAAUACUUUAUGUUGAAUUGAAACAUUAAAUUUCCUGAUAUUAA